AUGUACACAGACGAGAAACUCGUUAGCAUGACUUACCUUUUUAAUAAUCACAAUCUGGGCCCAGAUUCUUCCGGCAGAACGCAAGAAGCUCUCAUCGGGGCCUCUAUCCCCAACGCUCGUGAAGAUUUACCUGCCAUCCCCAGGAUAUUAGAAGGAUGGAUUCUACGCCGGGCAGACUCCUCAAAGGUAUCACCAUGGAAAAACGUUACUCGAGAACGUAUGCCUCUUACCCAAGACGAGUUGGAAAAGCGGACAGCGGACCUGAGAAACGAGAACGUACAGGAAAAGUACGAAGCUCUAGGGAGUGGAAAGCAGAACCAAAUUAAAAAUUUGAUGAUUGAUCGGCAGAACUGCGAUGGAGAUAGACGAUUUUCUUGGAAUUGUGUUUACAUCUACCUUGAUAAAAAAGCUGUCAAUGUUCGCGCCUUCGUCAUAGAGUACGUUACCGUAUCCCUCACUGUGAUUCUUCUGAGACAAGUACGCCAGGGCAUCGUGUUACCUUCCCCUGGCGAUCCUCGUCCCCCGGUUGCAGCGAAUAAAAAGAAAAAAGAAAUAAAAUCCCCACUGCCAGGCUCGCAUGGUCAGCCAUUACCCGAGACUACAGUUGAACAACCACUUCACCAACGUCCUGGUGGAGUGGUUGCUGGUGGUCAGCAGCAGAAUGCGGCUAUUAAUCACACCAACCUACCAAUGGGCAUGGAGACUCCCCUUGUUGGAAACCAACAGGAUCAAUUCGCCCAAAGUGCCCAAUAUGCUCACCCCGCCCAACUCGCUCAACCUAUUCAUCCUGGUCAUCCUGCUCAUUCUCCUCCCUAUUAUGCUCAUCCGACUCAACCUGCUCAACCUGCCUAUUAUGCUCAUCCGACUCAACCUGCUCAACCUGCUCAACCUGCUCAACCUGCUCAACCUGCUCAACUUGCUCAACCUGCUCAACCUGCUCAACUUGCUCAACUUGCUCAUCCUGCUCAUCCUGCUCAUCCUUCUCAUUCUCCUCCCUAUUAUGCUCAUCCGACUCAACCUGCUCAACCUGCUCAACCUGCUCAACCUGCUCAACCUGCCCAACCUGCUCAACCUGCUCAACCUGCUCAACCUGCUCAACCUGCUCAACUUGCUCAACCUGCUCAUCCUGCUCAUUCUACUCAUCCUCCUCAUCCCACUCAUCCCACUCAUCCCACUCAACAUACUCAUCCUACUCAACAUAUUCAGCAUGCUCAAGCUCACCAUCAUACUCAACCCGGUCAAUACACCCACUAUGUCCAGCGUUCUAGGCACGGCCAACAAGCGCCCCCCAUUGAUAUCCAAGUAAUUAAUGGUGGACCAACUUAUGAAACUAACAUUUUAGCCCCACCGCCGCCACAUCCACCUCUCCAGUCUCCAAACAAGGAGCCACAGCAACAACCAUCAAUGCCACAAGCACAGCGUCUCCCAAACUUUACUCCAGGGCGUCCGAAACAACAUCGAACAAAGCCUAGCUUACCUAAAAUCUUAAAUACGGGCAAGGCUCCGCGACGUAAAGCCUCGGGACAUGGAGAUUUUCGAGACGGGGACAGCAGCAUUGAUGAAAAUGAGUCCGUACUUUUUGAUGAGUUCGAAGAUGCGAGCUCAGCAACUACCGAUGAUGCAUUAUUCGCCGAUAAGCACAAUAACCACGAUAAGUACAUGCCUCUAAGGGAAGCCGAUGGACGACUGCACCGCUGUUACUCCAGAGGCCGCGCCCCCGAAAUCUUCUAUCGGUCUCAGCGCCGCCCUGAGAGCAGGCACUUACGGUUUAGCGAGCAUCUUCUAACCGAACCGCGUAAUUGGGACGGAGAGGUGGAUAUCUACCCAGAAAAUAGCACGGACAAACGAAGGAAUCGUCGUUCAGCAAUAGUGUCAUAUCCGGUGGUUCCACCCCUAACACAGCUCACAAACCAGCGAGGUCAUCCCGGGGCUCCUCUUUCUCCGCGUCAAACACAGACACUUUCUUCUCCAGUGAGGUACAACAAUGCCAAUGUCCAGGACGACAUUAGGAGUGAUAGCGACUGGGAACGCACGCAACGCGAACGCGAACGGUCCUUGGGUGACUACGUACACGAUAGGCGUCAAAGGGACAGCCAACGUCGACGCUGGGGUCAGGGAGUUCAAGUGCACGCAACCCCAACCCUACCCACACCCCCAGCCAAGGGCGGUGCCGAUUAUUACCCCCCUGGACCGCCGCGAGAGGAUUGUUUCGACAACUAUGCACAGAUGGCGGAACCUAAACAAAUGAGAGAAGUUCGUAUGCCAUACCAUCAACAACAAGACACCUACGAGGUUAAUGAUGCGUUGAACGAUUGGGUCCCUUUUCGUCACGAGAGAAUGAAUCAAGCUCCAAUGGGUUUUGGCCAAAUGAACGGUGAGCGGAUGGUCACCCAUUAUCAACCUCACAUGGAACCACCCCGACCAGAUGAUUAUCCGACUGAAAAGGAUAUCAACAACCACACACCCCUGAAAACCCCAGCUUCAACAGUUGCUGAUGUUUAA